AUGCAGCUUAUCACUCUUCUCACUUCUACAAUUGCUCUCAUUGGCGCUGUCUCCGCCGCUCCUGCUCAGGGGACUACUCGCUACGCGACCUUAGAGCUGAUGAGCGAUACUACCUGCACUGCUGCACUCGGCGAGAUGGGCGUCUACGACACUGAUAUCAACAAGUGCAAUAUCAUUCCGGAUGGGGAGCAUGUCCGAUCCGUCGAGUUCCGUCUGCAGACGGUGCACACUUACAGCGAUGUUACUUGCCACUUCGAUGACCAGGUUUGGCAAGGGGGCGAGUGCGCUCGUGGCGAGAAGUACUAUCGCAGCUACAAACUACUCUGCUAG